UUGAACACAAUGAAGGGGUCCCGCUGCCAGCUGCCCCCCGUGACACGCGCCGUCGACGUUGGGCCCCGCGCUCGCGCGCGCUAUGGGCCCCAGCUUGGGUUCGUUAUGGCCUAGGUAUAUUUAUUAUAUAAAAGUGGAGAGGAGAAUACAGGGAAUAACCAGUGGAAUCAUCCACCGAAGCUGCCGCCGGCUCUAUUCACCGAGUAAAUCGAAUUAAAUUCCAUUUGUGGGAUUGACAACAUCAGGCCAGGCCACUUGCUGCCAAUUACCAGCGUUGAGAUAGCUCCCAUGAGCGCCAUGCGGGAGGGAGCGACGGGAAUGACAACCCUCACCGCUUCAUCAUCUUUAAACAAAAUGACGCGUGACUCAAGUCUAAACGACGACGUAUUGACGGAAUCCCCGGAUCACCAGAGUCACCUGACACCAGGCGACCAAUUGUCAAUAACAUCAGCGCCCUCGCCCACUGGUUACCGUGACUACAAGCCACCCGCUGAGCUGCUGAACAGUGGAUACCACAGUAGCCCCCGUCGUGACAACACCCGAGAGGAGACCGAGACGCACAAGACGAUACUGCUGGGUGACAGUGGCGUGGGCAAGACAUCGCUGCUGGUGCAGUUCGACACCGGCACGUUUCAAACCGGAAACUUCGCCGCGACCGUUGGCAUCGGUUUUACGAACAAAGUUGUGACAGUCGGAGACACGAGGAUCAAGCUCCAGAUAUGGGACACCGCGGGGCAAGAGAGAUUUCGGAGUGUAACACACGCGUACUACAGAGACGCUCACGCGCUGCUAUUGCUCUACGACGUGACGAACAAGACUAGUUAUGAUAACAUCAGGGCAUGGCUUGGAGAGAUCCGGGAAUACGCUCAGAAUGACGUUGUCAUUAUGCUACUAGGGAAUAAAGCAGAUUGCGGACCUGAGAGAAUGGUGAAAAAAGAGGAUGGCAAACGUCUGGCUGACGAGUACGACGUGCCCUUCAUGGAGACCUCAGCCCGGACUGGGGCCAACGUCGAAUUGGCGUUCCUAGCCAUUGCAAAACAACUGAAGGCCCGAAAAAAUGUUGAUCCGGACGAUACAAAGUUCAACGUUCAAGACUACGUUCGAGAACAGACGAAGAAGAGUACCUGUUUCAUGACGAACUGUCAAACAACCUGAAUUUUUCGGCAUUCAUUGUUUAAUUAUUGAUUCAACUAAUUUAGUUGAACACAAAUGAGCGACGAGAGAUGAAUAAUUUGAUGAUGAUAAUGAAGAAUAGGUGGAAAAUGUUGAUAUUGAGAGGUGCGGGAAACCUAGAGAAUAAAUAUUCAUUGAUGAAAUUCAUUAGUGAAGUGGCAAAAAGAAAAAUUUGGAAUGUUUUUUUUGUUUCAGUGAUUAUGGAAUUAUUUUCUAGGAGAAAUUUUAACAUUAAUUGUUGGGCUCCUGGGCUCAAAAUGUUCGUUGGGACAUUCUCCAUCAACUCGCCGGAUGAUUUUGUUUGGAUAAAUACACUGAUGAAUAAUUAUGACUGUUUGUUCAAAAGUUGAUUGACAUUGUCAUGUGAAAAUACAACUGUUAAAAUAAAACUACAAAUUAAUAAAUGGGAGAGACGUGCGGUAACUCAAUAGAGAAUGUUUCAACGAACGUAACGAGUGACUUUAAUAAACGUUAAUAGACUGAAUAAUUGGUUGUAUUUAGACAUCUCAACGAAUGACUGCUGAUAUUUAUUGAAUCGAUGAAUUUCAGUUGUGUUACAUUCACCUGAACUUUAUGAAUCCCAGUCAAGUGGAAUUUGUCGAUUUGUUAAUUAUGAUAUUAUCUCAAGAACUAGUGGUUUAGGAGAAAAUGUCGAGACUUUUUUUGUAGAAAAUUUCCUGAUCUACGGUAAAUAUCGUUUGAUAUUUUAUCGUUAAACCAAUAAUCACUGAGAUAAUAGCGUAUUUAAGUCGUGACUUGCAACUGUUCAAUUAAGUCGAACAUGGAGACUUUAUCACUCAUGCUAUUGUCUCCAAGAAUACCAAGUUUGUCUCAGUUUUUGAGAUUCUUGGGCAUUUUUAAUGCAGCAAAUAUCAAAGAUGAGUUGAAUGCAACGCAACAGAAAAUAAUCGAUUGAAUCAACAUUAAUUGUCAAUCGUUUUCAUUCUUAAAUUCCGCUGACGAUUCAGUUUAGCUCUUUCAAUGCUGAAUACUCAACUCCACUUCACUACUGACUUUCCAAAAUUAAUAACACAUCAGGAAUGAAUAGAUAAAAAGGACCGGUUCCUAACUGUGGAAAAUACUAAAAAAUGUUAUCGUGUACCUAAUUAACUGGAUGUAAAGUAGCUUCGCUUCGUCAAAGAUCGAAAGACCAAAUCUAUCGAUCAACAAAAUCAAUUGUUGAUUGUCAAAUGCAAUCACUGUAGAUCAAUGUAAAUUUCUGUGGACGCAUUGAAUUUACGAUGUAACGAAAAAAACAAUCAUUCAGUUAAACUUGCAGUCAUUCCACAUAUCCCUGUUUUCAUUAAUUACCAAUUAAUAGAACAUGUUUAUUCGCAUUCGAAGGACCAAAUUCUAAUUCUGUUACUGCACAAUUUGAAAUACAAGUGCACAAUAUUUUUAUUAUUGUAAAAAAUAUAAUUAUUGUUAUUGUUCAUUAUGAGGCGAGGGGAGGAUUCUGGACUGAUUUAAUGCGUUAGAAAAUUUUAUGUAAAACCAAAAACUGAAUUAAAAGUUGA